AUGAUGAAUUCCCUCAACAUCAUUACCGCUCGUGUUUCCCCCUCUGCCAGCCCCAACCCAUCUCGAUCCAACAGCCUCGGCAACAUCAGCGCCGGACUGCUCCCCGACGAAAAGUCCACCGACGGAAACGACGGUAGAGAUGCAGCUAGCUCUGACCCGUUCCCCGGCUGCGACUACGAUGGCUCGCAGCCGAACAGCGAAAAGCACAGUUACGUGGCCACGGAGGACACGCCGCCGAUGGACGCGAGCAAAGACGGCAACAAGCGGGCUAGUUGGUGGCACGCAAUACCCCGACGACUGGUCUCAAGCAUCAUAAGCUCUAUCCGCUGGGUGUUUGCUACUCUGGCUUCACCUGGAGUCUACCUGAUUGCCUGCUUCUACGACGAACACGGCGUCUUCGCACCUCUGUUACAGAUGAAGAGGCUGUUUGGCGUCCAUAAAGGAGGGGGCAUGGAUAGCUACAGAUCGCAUGGAAGCCACCAUACUACCAACCACACCGAGUCACCCGUGUCUGCAGGCUCGCAGCGUUGGGGUUACCGCCGGAUGGCGCCGCGCCCUGCGCCGUCGUCUGGUUCGUCAACAUCAGGCCAGUCGUCAGAGUCAGAGGAAGAAACACCCAAGGGUUCUCCUAGCCGGCACAGCAGGUCAAAGUCACUCAACCCCGCGGCAGAGCUCAGCUCUGCGCGGAGAUCGAUUCGAAUUAAGCUUCACAACGACGAUGCUCUGCGGCAACGCAAGCAGCACCGUCGCGCGCAGUCUGCCGUCGCACGAACCAAGACAGACGACCAAGAUCUAUCGGCGCAACUCAAGUCCCCGACGUCGCCGAUUGCAGCUCUGACCAAGUAUCCCAAGACGCCGGCACCUCCCCGACCAUUGAUACCACGGCGCCAACCGUCGUAUCUCAAGCUCGAUGCGUCCGUCGAGCACCAAAAGACGUUGAUCCUUGAUCUCGAUGAGACUUUGAUUCACAGCAUGUCCAAGGGCGGCAGAAGCGGUGGCCACAUGGUGGAAGUUCGACUCAACACGGCAUCGCUAGGAAUGGGCACUGCGCCGGGUGGCGCGGCUCAGCAUCCUAUCUUGUAUUGGGUCAACAAGCGACCGUACUGCGACGAGUUUUUGCGGCGCAUUUGCAAGUGGUUCAACCUGGUCAUCUUUACGGCCUCGGUGCAAGAGUAUGCCGACCCGGUCAUUGACUGGCUGGAGGCGGAGCGAAAGUUUUUCUCUGCCAGAUAUUAUCGGCAGCACUGUACGUAUCGACAGGGCGCGUACAUCAAAGAUCUCAGUUCGGUGGAACCAGACUUGAGUAAAGUCAUGAUUCUGGACAAUAGUCCGCUGAGCUACUUGUUUCAUGAAGACAAUGCCAUCCCGAUUCAAGGCUGGAUCAACGACCCGACAGACAACGACUUGAUGCACCUGAUUCCAAUGCUAGAAGGUUUACAAUACGUUCAUGAUGUUAGAGCACUCUUGGCAUUGCGAGGCGGUGAAGAUGGACAGCAUAUGGCGUAA